AUGAUGUUCAUGUCCAACCGUCUAGUUUUCUUCAUACUUUAUCAAUUCACUUUGGAUAACCGAAUAGUUUGGACAACUGGACAAAAUUGUUAUUUCCCAAGUUUUAUACAUCAUUCACAUGAAUCAAUUUGGAUGACAGAUUAUGGUUUGAAUAAUAUACACCAACAAACUCAAAAUAGUAAUGAUAACAGCAAUAAUAAUAAUGUCAAGAAGGCAUCAUUAUUCUAUUCACUUCAGUUACCGGAAGAAUUGUACAAUUAUAGAUUUAAUUUUUUAAAUUUACAAUAUGGUUGGUUACAAAUGUUAUUUACAAGAGAUUCACAUCAUGCAUGGUUAUUUCUAUCAUGUCAUCAUAUUCUUUAUACACAACAUCUGAUACUGUUGACAUCAUUAAAAGAAUACUUAACAAGUAUUUGUAGUGUGGAUGAGCAAACUACUUACAGAAAUAAUAGUAGUAAUAACAUACACUGGUUUAGUACUACAAACAGUAGAAGUAUGAAUUAUACAAAAUUAAUGUAUAAUUAUAAUGAGAACAGUAAUCCUACAAACAGUUUACAAGCAUCAUUGGGUUAUGUGAAACUAUCAUGUUCUUGGCAAUCGGGUAAAAAUAUUUAUUUAGUACAAUAUACACAUUCUAAAGGAAGAUCCAUUUAUCAAUGUAUUAAAUUUGAACCGAUCAAUGAAAUAGAGUCAGUCUCAGUUUUUAAUUUAUUUUUAAGUGAACAUACCUCAUCUACAGCUGAUUUAACAUUGUGUCAUCCUACAGCAUUUAAACAAGAUUCAUCAAAGUGGAUUGCCACUCUAACUCCAAAUACAGAACUCAGCAAAACAUUAUGCCCAAUAUCAGGUGGAUUUCAAAUAAGUCAUAUAUUAGAUUUAAAAGAUAAUCAAGUCCUAUGUGAACCUCAUGUUUACUCGACUUUGGAAAGUGAGUGCAUGUUGGGUGAAGGUAUCUUAUGGACAUUUUUACAACCUCAAUGUAAUCCAUUUGUACAAAACUAUAAGACUCAAUUUCAGUGUCAUUCAACAUGGAAAAGUAAUAAUUUGAAUUAUAUUCUUAUCUAUCGACAAAUAAAUCAGUAUACUUAUGAAUUUUAUCAACUGGUUUAUUUACAAUUACCAGUGGAAUUAUCCAUAGAAUCAAAAACUUAUGGAAAAUUUUCACCAUUAUGGAUCAUUUAUGGUUUACAAUCUAAUCAAAUCAUUGAACAAAUCAUAAUUAAUCGUAUAUAUACCUGGAAUUCUAUUGAACAAUAUAAUACUAAAUUAAAAAAUAUUAUAUUAUAUAAUACAAGUGUAAAAUUAUAUGAAAUACAAAUUCGUAGAGCAUUUGGAAGUUGUGAUGAUGAAAGGGUCAGUUGUACUCAUGGUUGUGAACAUAAUGCAAGAAAUCAGUUUUUCUGUCAUAGAAGUUGUCUAGUUCCAGGACAGACGUGUGGUAACAUUAUUCAUGAUUCGUGUAAAUUCCAUCCAAAUUAUUAUGGUACAUGGGAUUUAAUUGAACCAAGUUCAAUCCAAGAAUCAAUGGGAUAUGAACAUCCAAGUAGUCGUUUAGUAGCACAGUUUUUAAUCAAAAGUGACAAAUUAACUGUAUCUUCAAUGACUGGUAUAUCGUAUACUAUGAAUUUGUAUUGUGUUAAAGAAAUACAAGAAUCCUUAUAUGAUCGUUAUAUUCUACGAAGUGAUUAUCAAACAAAUGGAUGUUAUUCCAGAGAUCUAUGUUUAGAGAUCUAUCGUGGUAAUAAAAAUGAUUUCGAAGCAUUAUCAAAUGUUAAUUCAAUACUUUAUAGAAUAGCUGUCGGUGGUAAACAUCUUUUAACCGAUAUAUGUCAAUUUAAUAAUGAUAAUCAACUAUAUGGUCGGACAAUUUAUCCAUUAAGAGCAAAUAUAUUAAUACGAAAUACAGCUGAUAAAAAUAUUAUGGCUCCUACUGGUGUUACUAAGUGUGGACUUUAUCAAAUACGUCUUACUGGUAAAUUGUUUAUUCUCAAUACUGAACCAACACAGUUUGGUGGUCAGGAUGAUUUGUUUAAUAUAACAAACAAACAAGCUAUUAAUAAUCGUUUGGGAAAAGAAGAUCACACAAAUAUAAUGUCAAAUAUAAAUGGAAAGUUAUUGAAUACAUACGAAGCUAAUGAUGAUAAAAGCUAUCAAGAACCGUGUUCCGUAGAAAUCAGUGAUUUCAAUCCGGAUCUAGGUAUCUCUGGAGAAUUCGAUAAUACACUAAGAAUUAGACAUUAUUGUGAAUCUACCAUUUAUCCAAGUAUAUUUAAAUCAGAUCAUCAAUGUAUUGCAUCGUUCAAUAUUGAUGGAAUUUCAACUAUUUCUGCAUCUUAUUUCUUACUUAUUACAUAUCUUAAAAUUACAGAUCAGUAUUAUUGUCUAAUCAUUCAAGUCAACAGAAGUAAUGAUGGUAUGAAUAAUAAUAAUAAUAAUGAUAAUAACAAUCAUAGCAAUCAAAAUUACACAAUCUUUAUGUAUCAUUCACCUCAGUGUCAAUAUGAAACUACACCAUUUGAAAAUAUUAAAUUAGAUGAAAGCAAAGCAUUUGCAAAAUUAUUACUCACUUCAACACAAAGACAAAAUGAAAACUUCACAAGUAAUAAUAAACCUAUGAUGGCUACACCACUGAAUAGAAGUCUUUAUUUAUCAUCUAACAAGUUAAUAAGACCAACUCAACAAUACACAACGAUUCAUCAUCAUGAUCACCAUCCUCAUCAACAGCAAAAUGUAACCCGUUUUAAAGCAUUACGUUUUCUAUCGAAACCAAUUAAGAAAACUCGAAGUUUCUUUGUAAUUAAUAAUAAUAAUGAAUCCAUAUCUUCAUCAAUCUAUUCAUCUAUUUCAUCUUAUAAUUACUUAUUAACGUUUUUAAUUAUAUUUAGAAUGUUUUAUUAA